AUGAAUCUAAGCAUUUUUCUCCGCCGUACCCGGCCAACCGUAGCCUCCUUUUGCCGCCUUUUCUCGGCCGCAACGGUGGAGACGACGGAGACUGGAGCGCUGGUGAAGACUGGCGGCGGGGGAGGACGGAGAGACACUCUAGGAGGGAGGCUAUUAAGGCUUACGUAUACCAAACGCAGCGCGGUGGUUAGUAUACGGAAAUGGAAAGAAGAAGGCCAUACCGUUCGCAAGUACGAGCUUAAUCGGAUCGUUAGGGAGCUUCGUAAGAUUAAGCGAUACAAACACGCUCUUGAGAUAUGUGAGUGGAUGGUUCUGCAGGAAGAUAUAAAGCUGCAACCUGGUGAUUAUGCUGUACAUUUGGAUUUGAUUUCUAAGAUCCGUGGCUUGAACAGCGCUGAGAAGUUCUUCCAAGACAUGCCAGAUAAAAUGCGAGACCAUGCUGCUUGCACAUCUCUUCUCCACAGCUAUGUGAAGAACAAGCUCUCUGAUAAAGCCGAAGCCUUGUUUGAGAGGAUGGCGGAAUGUGGUUUCUUGAAGUCUUCUUGUCUGCCGUACAAUCACAUGUUGUCCAUGUACAUCUCCAAAGGGCAGUUUGAGAAAGUCCCGGAGAUGAUUAAGGAGCUCAAGAGCAAGACAUCGCCUGACAUUGUUACGUAUAAUCUGUGGAUGACUGCUUUUGCCUCCGGGAAUGAUGUGGAAGCCGCCGAGAAAGUUUAUCUUAAGGUAAAGAAGGAAGCAAACUUGAGUCCAGACUGGGUGACUUACAGCCUCCUCACCAAUCUGUAUGCUAAGACGGGUAAUCUCGAAAAGGCUAAACUUGCUUUGAAGGAGAUGGAGAAGUUAGUCUCUAAGAGAUACAGGGUUGCUUAUGCAUCUCUCAUUAGUCUGCACGGGAACUUGGGGGACAAAGAUGGAGUUGACUCUACCUGGAAGAUGAUUAAGUCAUCUUUCAAGAAGAUGAAUGAUGCAGAGUAUCUCAGCAUGAUAUCUUCACUGCUGAAGCUUGGAGACUUCGAGCAAGCCAAAGGUUUGUACGAUGAGUGGGAGUCUGUUUCUGGGACAAGAGAUGCCAGAAUCCCCAAUCUAAUCCUUGCCGAGCACAUGAACAGAGAGGAGGAGACUCACCUGGGAGACAAGUUUUACGAACGAAUGGUGGAGAAAGGGAUAAACCCUAGCUAUUCUACAUGCGAGAUUCUCACAUGGGGGUAUCUCAAGCGUAAAGACAUGGAGAAAGUGUUGGAUUGUUUCGGGAAAGCCAUUGAUGCUGUGAAGAAAUGGACUGUGAAUGUAAGGUUGCUUAAAGCGGUGUGCAAGGAACUCGAGGAACAAGGAGAUAUUAAAGGAGCAGAGAAGCUUAUGAGUAUCCUCCAAAAGGUUGGUCAUGUGAACACUCAGCUCUACAAUUCUUUGCUGCGUACCUACGCGAAAGCCGGUGAAAUGGCACUCAUAGUUGAAGAGAGGAUGGCAAAGGACAACGUAGAGAUGGAUGAAGAGACUAAGGAGCUUAUAAGAUUAACUAGUCUAAUGCGUGUGACUGAAAUCUCGACCACCAUUUCUUGAGCCUCAAAGCUGCAGAGUCAGUAUCGGUUGGAAAACUGAACUCGUUUUGGAGUGAAUCCAUGAAGCUUUUUGCUAUAUUUAGAGAGGAGAUAUGAUGAAUCAGUAAUUUGCUCGGACAGUUAGAGCUGAUGGAGAGUGAUGUGUCCAAGGCUGCAAAGGAUUGCUCUUUUUUUGUCAAUUUUAUAUUGCUAGAACUUUUUGUUUGGUGCCAAUUUUUAUUUGUUGGUUUCUUUUCUGUAGUUAGUUCUCUAUAGGGUGAUGAUGUCAAACAAUCUUUGAGAGGUUGACUAACUGAAAAAAACCUACUUCGACUCUUCUUGUUGGGCGGUUAUGACUUUGUGUAA